UCUCGUCGUUCCUUCCCAAAUACAAAGUUCGCUCUCUCCGCUCGUUGCACUCUCAAACUUGGAAUCGAAACUCUCUCUCACCGAAUCCACAUUCUCUCCCCGUAACCCCAGUCAUGUAUGGCGGCGACGAAGUAUCAGCAAUAGUGAUUGACCUGGGUUCGCAUACAUGCAAAGCUGGUUACGCUGGAGAAGAUGCGCCCAAGGCCGUGUUUCCCUCUGUUGUUGGUGCAAUUGAUCAAAUGGACAUUGAUGGACCUGGUGAUGCUGAUGAGAACUCACGAGCCGGUGUGGAUUUACAAAACAAUGCCAAAAAUCUUGAUUCUGACAAAACCAAGGGGAAAUGCAAACUUUAUGUAGGAUCUCAAUCAUUAGGAUACCGCAGAGACUAUAUGGAGGUACUGUCGCCAUUAAAGAAUGGAGUUGUUGUUGACUGGAAUAUUGUAGACAACAUAUGGGAUCAUGCUUUGAGGGAAUGCCUACUAGUUGAUCCGAAAGAGCGUCCAAUGCUACUUGCUGAACCAUGUUCCAACACUCAAGAACAGAGAGAAAGGACAGCAGAACUUAUGUUUGAAAAAUACAAAGUACCAGCAUUGUUUUUGGCCAAGAAUGCUGUUCUCUCAUCUUUUGCAUCAGGGCGUGCUACAUCAUUAGUUGUUGAUAGUGGUGGAGGAUCAACCACAGUCGUACCAGUACUUGAUGGUUAUGUUCUUCAAAAGGCUGUGAUAACUUCUCCUAUUGGAGGAGAAUUUCUGACAGAUUGCUUGAUGAAAAGUUUGGAAGGCAAAGGUAUCACAAUAAGACCUCGGUAUUCAUUCAAGAAAAAAGAAAUACGGCCUGGAAAUCUUCAGACUGUAAACCUUGAUUUCCCUCAUACAACUGAAAGCUACAAACUCUAUUCCCAGAGGGUAAUUGCUAGUGAUAUCAAGGAAUGUGUUUGCCGAACUCCAGAUGCUCCAUAUGAUGAGAGUUCAUAUUCUAACAUUCCAAUGACCCCAUAUGAGCUUCCUGAUGGCCAAAUAAUCGAAGUUGGAUCCGACAGAUUCAAGAUUCCUGAUAUUCUUUUUAAUCCAUCAUUGGUUCAGACAAUCCCUGGCAUGGAGAGUUUUGCAGAAAUUUCUCCUUCAAUUCGUGGUCUCCCUAAAAUGAUUAUAGAGAGCAUUAAUAAGUGUGAUGUGGACAUUCGAAGAGAACUAUUUAGUACCAUAAUGCUUACUGGUGGUACAGCUUCAAUGCAACAAUUGAAGGAACGCAUUGAGAAAGACUUGCUAGAGGAGUCCCCUCAAGCUGCUAGAGUAAAAGUAUUUGCCAGUGGAAAUGCGACUGAAAGAAGGUUCAGUGUUUGGAUAGGAGGCAGUAUAUUGGCUUCUCUUGGCUCCUUCCAGCAGAUGUGGUUCUCCAAGUCUGAGUACGAAGAACAAGGUGCUUCUUAUAUCCAAAGAAAGUGCCCUUGAGUUUCUU